AUGCACCAACUGACAAGAGACUAUGUGAAAUAUGACAGAAGCCUAAUUAAGACAAAGAUUAUAAUUGUUUCUGAAUUCUUUGCUGCUAUUGUGCAAAGAGGAUGCAACUACGACGCCGUGAAGUGUCGGGUGGCAAUGAAUAAAAUGACACUUGAAGAUUAUGUGUCCACAUUGCAUGAGGGAAGUGGAAGCACUCCAAACUGUUGUGCCUCAGAUUUGCCGACACCCAGAAAUAUGCGAGGCCGUAAUAUUUGUGAGGAACUGAUCAAUCAAGAAGCACCUAAUCAAGAUGAUCUCCCCUAUGCAACUGCAACAAAGUCCAAUACGUCAAAACGUCAAGGAAGUCGAUCCGUAGAUAAAGUCCCCCUGGAUCAGCACGGUCUACCCAGCCUUCUUCCUAAUCCCGUACCCGGCAAUAUGAUCCCCUAUGUUGCUUCGUAUGUUGUGAAAAACUUCAACCCGGAGUUCAAUAAUGGUUUAGUAGUUUGGAUGACAGCUGCUCCUCUUAUGACACAGGGAGCAUCCAUGCCACUUGGGGGUAUCUUGGCUCCCAAAAUGGGUGUAAAAGUGGUUGCCAUUAUCGGAUCACUUCUCUGUAGCCCGCUGCGCUGGUGCGCGACUCUUUUAUCGAUCGAUGCGCAGCCGUUGCGCAAUCGAUUGUCCAUGAGCUGGGUUAGCGUUCGGUCGAGCGACCUCACAUGCAGUGGUACACCCUCCACUGGUCACAGGACAGCCACAAUCGCCUUUGUGUGGUACGACUCUCCUGUCCACUCCACCAGAAUGAGGAUUGAAAGUAACUUUGUUGCCGAAACGCUAGAGCGCUAUUCUGGAUCGUAUAAAGGGACAUGCAUGAGGAAGAAAAUCAGUUUUGUGUUCUGCAUAAUGGUGAACAAAGAUACGAUACAUGGUGUGUUGGUUGUCAUAGCUGGAUUUUUUAUUCACUUAUCCUUCGGUUGUAUGUACACAAUCGGGAACAUGACUCCUUACCUUGCCUCGUAUGUUGUGAAGUACAUUGACCCUCACUUUAAUAAUGGCCUGGUUGUUUGGGUCUCUGCCGCAGCUUUGGCAGCUCAGGGUCUAUUUAUGCCCUUCGGUGGUAUUUUAUCACCAAGACUGGGCGUCAAACUGGUUAUUAUACUCGGCUGUAUCAUUAACAGUGGUGGCUUUAUGCUGACGUGUAUUGCCCUACGGUAUGGAUUCGUUUGGGUCUUGGCGACCCAUCUCCUUUCGCUCGGUUUGGGUGUUGGAUUUGCGUAUUCCGUCGUUAUGCAAGCUGCCGCCAGCUGGUUUCCUGUUAAUGGGGGUUUUGUGAUUGGUCUUAUUGCGGCUGGUUUUGGUCUGGGAGCUCUUGUCUUCACGCCGAUUCAAAUGGCGUAUGUGAAUCCGGAAAACGUCAAGGUAAACAACGUGACCAGAUAUUAUGAGGAUCCAGGAGUGUUGAGUCGCGUACCAACCUCAUACCUCGUUAUCGGUGGUGUAAUGUUGGGCCUGCAGAUUAUCGGUUGUGCCAUAAUUCGGAGGAAGCCGACACCCAAGGAGGAUUCCAUCCCUGAACUAAGGCAGAAAAAAGAAGAAGUGAAUCUGUCGCCUAUGGAAACGCUCAGGUGCCGGUACUUCUACUUCCUUUGGCUCCUGAUGUUCUGCAAUAUCAUUCCAAUUACCCUUAUUACUUCGGCCUAUAAGAUUUUCGGCAAUGAAUACCUUGCAGAUGACAUCUAUCUGACAACAAUCGGCACCCUCGGUUCUCUCUUCAACUGCCUGGGUCGCGUUUUUUGGGGCUAUCUGGUGGAUAAGUUCUCCUUCAAGCUUCCCAUCGGAUGCAUGCUCGUCCUCUGGUCGUUCUCGCUCUUCUGCUUCCCCAAUGUCUUCGUUUUCGGUCCGGAUGUAGGCCGCUACACCUACGGCAUCUUUGUGUGCCUCAUGUUCUUCUCCAUGGCUGGCGUCUUCGCCAUGAUGCCUGCGGCCACGCGUCUUCUCUUCGGUCCUAAAAACAUGGCCACCAACUAUGGCAUGGUUUUUAGUGCAUUUUCCGUUGGUAGUUGUCUCAGCGCUUUUGCCAGCCAGAUGGCUAAGGGACGAUGGAAUUUACUUUUCUACGGUUCGGCCGGCGUCUGCAUUCUAGGUCUUUUCUUCCUGCUGUGGAUCUUCGAUCCUAAAUUGCCAAAACGGCUUCAAGUUUUCUGCCCUUGUGCCAAGGUGGAUCGUCGACGCUGCUAA